AUGCUGGAGGAUAUCGUUCAACGAACCUGCCACGAGGAGCUGGGUGAUACAAAUUCGCUGUUGGCCUAUGGGAUCCCUGCAACUUCUGGUGUGGGGCAUUUCGAAUACUUCGUCCUUCUCAUCGUUCUGGCACUGUCAUCCAUGACCCUGACCUGGAAAGAUGAUGAUCAAGCACAGGCUGCUUCGGAAUCAUUCUACAACUCGGCCGUAAAGCACCUGCAGGCAAUAAUAAACUGCAGCGAGACCCAAGCCCUUCAAAUAUCGUUGCUCCUAGCUCAUUAUGCGAGGUGGACAAUUGGACGUGCAUCUCAAAUGCUAUUAGGAUUGUGUUGA